AGCGGGGGUGAGGGCACGGCCCGUGAUGGGUUGAGCCCUCCCGCCUCAGCCUGAGGGAGCCGCCGCUUCACGCUCCCCGCUGGGGCGAGCGCUCGCCCUGCGCCUUGAGCGCCGAUUUCUGGAGCCGCUGCGACGCUGCCAGAGGGCUUCUUAAAAGGCGGGCACAGACGCCGGCUGUAGCGAAGCGCAGUUUGCGUUAAAAUCGGACGCGUUGCAGGAGAUAAAACAGCCUCCGCUUCACCUGACUGUUUUUCCCCGAAGAUGAUGGUGCAAAAGGUGCUCAGGGAAGGCGUUUUGGGAAACAAGAGGCACGAGACGACUGCCCGGAGCCUUCACCGAUACUGGGGGCCUGCGCUUUCUCCUCUGAACCUGCCCACCCCUUUGUAACACACCCCGAGGGGUGGGCUGCGUGAGGUGGAGGCCCAGACUUAAAAACCUCUUGAAGGUGGUUUGAAGAAGGCCUGUCCUCUCCACCAGAAUCAGAGGCAACAGUUGAUGGAUUCCUGUAGCUCAGACCCACUCAGCCCUGACAGGGAGCAGGGGCUCUGGUGUGGGAGAGGCGGCUUCCUCACACAAAAUGGCGGAGCAGGGCAGUACCGCAGAUGCUGGAGAUCUCCUCAGGCCUUUUGUUCAUUGUCCUCGGCCUGCUUUUUGUUUUGCUGCUCUUGGUGGUGCUCAUCAGGAAAAACAGCACUGCUGCCCUUAUCUGGAAUGAAAUAAUCCGGGAGAAAAUAACCAAUUUCAUCAUGAAUCAGAGCAAAGAACAGAGGAUUUUAAAUUUUGUUCUGCAGAAUGCAGUCCAAGGAGACCCCUGUAGUGUGCUGAACACUAUAGAUAAAUACUGCUCCCAGAAAGAAUGGGCCAUGAACGUGGGUGAUGAGAAAGGUUUAAUUCUAGACAAGACAGUGGAAGAGGUCCAGCCAUCAGUGGCACUGGAGCUGGGAACAUACUGUGGCUACUCAGCAGUCAGAAUUGCUCGGCUGCUGAAGGCAGGAGCUCGUCUCCUCACUGUGGAGUUCAACCCAGAGUUUGCUGCUAUAGCCAAACAGAUGAUUGAGUUUGCUGGAGUACAAGACAAGGUAAAAGUCUUAGAAGGCCCUUCAGGUGAAAUUAUUCCCCAGCUGAAGAAAAAAUAUGAAGUGGAUACUCUGGAUUUUGUAUUCCUGGACCACUGGAAAGAGAAAUACAAAUCAGACACCAUCCUGCUUCAGGAAUGCAACUUGCUGAGGAAGGGCUCAGUUCUUCUGGCUGACAAUAUCAUCUUCCCAGGAGCUCCAGAAUUCAUUGACUAUGUCCGCAACAACCCUCGUUUCCAAUGCACUAAUUACCCAUCUCAUCUGGAAUAUAUGAAAGUGGAGGAUGCUAUGGAAAAAGCUGUGUUUUUAGGGUAAAGAGAGCCAUUAAUACUCAACUUUUGCUUCAAAUGAUGUAAAUGCAACUGCACAGGUGUAUUUGCCCAUGCUUUAAAUCAUUUUGUGGGGGGUUUUUUUUGUUUUGGUUUUCAUUGUUUUUCCCAUUUUGGAGCCUGUAAUUAAAGCAAGUGCUAGUGCAGAUAUUUUUAGACCAGGUGGAAACCAAGACUGGGAGUAAGUAGGGUAACUGCUCAAAGGUCUGUUCCAUCAUUUCACAUAAUUCAGCAAACCCAGGGUGAUGCACAUUGCCUUACCUUUACCAACACAUCAUCAAACAGCAGUCUGUUAAUUUGAGCUCAAACCUGAUCAGGUUUUGGUCUUAGAGUGAGGUGGAGAAAGUUGCUGCGACUUCUGAAGACUUGUGUCCCCAAGCUACACUGAUUAACUAUUAUCAAGAGUGGAAAAAGCAUGCAUGUUGCCAGAAAAGGCCAUUUCAGGAAUCCUAAUUACUAACAUGCCACUUAAUGCAAUGAAGGCUCCUAUCAUGGUAUAAGAUACUUUUUGCAUAGUUACUGCAAAAGUUAUUGAUCAUCUCUAUACUAGAAAAAAGGACAUGCACUGAAAUAAGGAAGACCUAUGCAGUGAUGAGAAAAUAUAACAGAAUUUUGCAAAAGCUAAACAGAUGAAAUUAUUAAUCUGCCCAUGCAGAGGCAGGGAAAACUGAAGUUUUAAAAUAAACACAGAUAAGAAACAGAUUAAAAUACAGAUAAUAAAAGAAGCAGGCUCUUUCCAAAGGAACACCAAAAACUACACAUCAUCAGAGACUUCAAGAAAAACUUGUCUAUUGCCUCAAAUUAAGUUUAAUUAUCCCCCUCAUUAUUUUGUCUAUACAUAGUGUGUGCUUUUUAGGGGCUAAGCAAACCACUUACUCUGAAGUGCUGUGUAUGUUUAAGAUGCUGUCUAAAAAUAAAAACCAGAGCUAAUGGUUUUUACCAGACGGGUGUUGUAAACACACUUGUCACUAAGAAGAUUCAAAGCCAAACCUGAAGUCCAAGCUCACCUGACCAAUGCAAAAAUUCAGUGACAUUUCCUGGCAUGUCCUGCUGUGAUUGUGUAGUGAGGCAAUGGCUGCUUUUAUAAAUAAAACAAAAAACCCCACA